GACAGGUGGAAACAAACAGAAGUUCGCCUCAGUCAGCAGACUGCAUCAGGAGUGAAGGGACACCAUGGAGAAACUGGAGAUGGAGGCUCCAGACUCUUCCCUCAUGGAUAAACCCAAGAAGCCGAUCUCCAGGACGCUCAACAAGUACGAGCGGAUUUUCCAGCCCUGCCUGGCGGAGGUCCUGGGCACCAUGUUCUUUGUCUUCGUUGGCUGCGUGUCCGUCAUCGAGAACUUGCCCGCAGCGGGGCGGCUGCAGCCGGCUCUGGUGCACGGCCUGGCGUUGGUGGUUCUGGUGGCCGUCAUGGACAAAAUCAGCGGCUCCCAUUUCAACCCUUCCUUCACUGUGGCCGUCUGCCUGUGUGGCGGCAUGGAGCUGGCGAUGGUGGCGCCGUACCUGGUCAGCCAGCUGGUCGGAGGAGUCCUGGGGGCGGGCAUGGCUAAGCUGAUGACCAGCCCAGAGCGCUUCAGCAACGCCAGCGGGGCGGCCUUUGACCUCCUGAGGUCAGAGAGCCAGCUGUACCGGGCGCUCUUCGGAGAGGUGGCCAUGACCUGCCUGGUGACCCUGGUGGUGCUGAUGGUGGCGGUCAACAGCCGGACCAAAACGCCCUUCGGCCCGUUUCUGGUGGGAAGCACCAUCAUGUUCAACAUCCUGGCAGGAGCUGAUAUUUCAGGAGCUUGUAUGAAUCCGGCCCGAGCGUUCGGUCCGGCCCUGGUCACCAACCACUGGACCUACCACUGGGUUUACUGGGUGGGGCCCAUUACAGGCGGGGCGGUGGCCGCUGCUCUGGUCAGGCUCGUCCUGGGAGAUCAGAAGUUACGAAUCUUCUUGAAGUCAUAAUUCGGCUCUUUAUUGUGGUGGAGGUAUAAACUUUAUCUCUGCAUACUUUUGACUCAUAUAAUAUUUCAUGGAUGUUUUUGACAUUGGCAACUGUUGAUUUAUGAGUAAUAAAAACAGAAGUUAAUGUUUA